UUCUCCUGGUUGAGUAGACACUGGUCCAGCUAGAUUGGAAGCAGGUUGAUUAUCAGGAGCUGCCGGCUACGAUAGACAAUGAUGAUGCGGUGAAGCAUCUUUGUUACUGCUAACGGGAGUGUAAUUCGCGUGUAUCCUGCCAGAUUAAUUUGUAUUUCACGACUUCUUGUUCAAAAAUGACGACGACCACGACAUUUCAAGGGAUGGAACCCGGUGCUAAAAGCAGUUCCAGGGUUUUGCGCCCUCCUGGUGGUGGCUCCAACAUUUCACUUGGUGCAGAUGAGGAGAAACCUCCUGUCCGGAAAAACAAGAUGGCCUCCAGUGUUUUCGCUGAGCCGGAGGACCCCUAUGCUAAUCGAAGGAACAACCCACCAGGAGGGAAGCCCACAGGGGUGCUGUGUGGGGAGCCGUCAGCCCCUCUGAGGAGAGGAGGGAACCACACCACCAACCACUCUUCAGACAUCCCCGUCACAGAAGGAGAAAAUCCUCUACGUGAUCGUGAAAACAGUGCAGCUGAGCCUGAAGCAGUUCCGGAGCAACAGGAGGAGGCCCCUCCAGCCGAGGAGCCCGCUGCAGGAGUACCGUCCGGCCGCAGGAAUCCACCUGGGGGCAAGUCCAGCCUCAUCCUGGGUUGAAUCCCAGCCCACUGCCCCUCUUUACCUCCACUCAUCUCUGAACCCAUCUUUUUUUUUUUUUUCUUUUCAAACAAGGAUCCCCAGCCCAUUUGUCUGUACCACAGGAAUCCUGAUGUCCCACAGACACCAGUCUCCUCCACAUCCCCAAGUGCAUUGUUUUGAUACCUCUUUUUUGGAAACCGUUUUGUACUGUUUUUAUUGUUUGUUUAUUUCGACAGAAGCACUUUAUGUAUUUCUAUGUAUAUGGUUCAAAGUCUGCCUUUGUCCGUGUAAUGCAUUAGACCUGUCAGAAAGGGCAGAAGGAUCACAUUUCUCUUUUCAACCACUGGUAAGUCCCUGCUAAUUUGCCUACUCACUGUAGGUGAUUAUACAAGCUGUUUCUAGAACACAAGCAAAGAAAAAAGCUUUCACUUUUGCAGUGUGUUCAGUUUGACCCAUUGUGCAUGCACAUCUGGUCUGUAAUGUAUGAAUGUGAGAAGAAACAUAACUGUGAAGAUUUUUUUAAAUAAUUCCACCUGUUUCUUAGUUGUUUUUUUUUGUGUGGAAUAAUUGUUGUGUUGUUGUUGCAUGAAGUUGGAAUAUUUCUACUGAUUAUUAGUAUUAUCCAAAUAGGAACCAAAUAGGAGCCACAUAAAUUACUGUCAUUGUGAUCUGAAGGAUGCAAACACUUGUCUUCAGAUGAGUACUGUAUGUCCCAUGUCAGGUAACAGAAUUGGAAUAAGCCUUUUUUAUAUUGUAGUCACUAACCUUGGAAUAUUGUAACCCCAGUGCCGACUUUGAGUGACCCGUGUUUUUAUAGGUAAAAUUUACUGUAAAAUCAAGUGUGCCUGUUUGUGUGUUAGGCUACAACAUCAAACAAGGUUGGGUUUUCCCUUAUGUGUUCUACCAGUAUCUCUGAGAUCUCCAGUUACUCCAUUGCAAGUUAAUGGAAUGUUGUUGGUCCUGACACUUAAGUGUUUCUGGUAAACCCAUCCUAGAUUUGACAAGUGACCUUAUGACAGCUCAGCCUUUUUUUUCCGCUCUGUUUUAUCCUCUUACACCUUUGUUAAAGACUCUUCUCACUGGAAAUAUGAUAGUCUUUUUGUAGAUUUCACAUCACAUCAUUCACACCAAAAUUCAGACUCCUUCCUGCUUCUGUCUUGUCGAGUCACCUGUGUGACUGCUGUUUCAGCCAGCUAUCAUGCAAGGAAAUCAUACAUUUCAUACGUUACAUACAUUGUUAUGAUGCAAGACACGUCUGUUUGCAUCCUAUACCAACUCCUGUUGCUUGAUGUAAGUCACUGCAGAAAUUCGAAUUCAAGAAAUGGCACAAGUGGAAAUGAACAAUUAAAAAUCAGUCUUGACCAUG